UGUCAACGCACAUGCGGUGAGGCACUGACUCGAUGACGCGGCAUCGCCACACAACUGCCCUGCUCUCCUCGCCCAUGACGGAUCCUCAGCCCAUUCCGACCACGCCCGAAACUCCUGGUCCUCCGUCGGACGAUGCUUGGAAGACGCUGCUGACAGACUCCAUCGCAAACUACGAGCGGAUCACUGGAAAGCCGCUGGAUGAACUUCCGUUUGCUCGAGAGGUGAAGCAAUGCCACACUGUGGACGAUUUCUGUGGUGUACUGGCUCAGCACAAGAAGUCUUUUGGAGACUUCCGCUCUCAGGACCGCAAGAUCAGGGGCGUUCUGAAAUCCCUCGCGUCCGUCCUGCAGUUUGUUGUCAACCCCGUGGCAGAAGGGACAUCCGGUUUCGUUCCGGGGGGGAAAGGGAUACUCGUUGCUUUUGCGGCCUUUCUCGAGGCUGCCAAUCGAGUCAGCAACAAAUACGACACACUGGAGCUCAUCCUCAAUCGCUUCGAGCCAUGCUUGACUCGACUGGACAUCUAUCUCGUCAAGCUUCCUCCGUCUUGCCGUCAGCUGCUACACAACGUGCUGCUGAGGAUUCUUGGCCUCAUGAUGAAGACAUUUGGGCUCCUUACAUUGUAUCUCCGAGACAACCCCAAACCCAGGACCUAUCGGCUCUGGCAAGCAAAGACGCGCAUGAGGGAUUGGGCACAUCAGCUGCUGCAAGAUGAAGAUGUUCAAGGGUCCCUGAAUGAGCUUGAUCAGCUCACAAACGAGGAGGACCUUGCCAUGUCACUUGAGAACCUCCUGGUGGCAGUGGAUACACAAAAAUUGAUUGUUGACCAAGAUGUCAGAACCUGGCUCAGUCCGUAUAACACGGGCAAGCGUUUUGACGACCUUUCCCUGUCCAAACAUGAUGGGACAUGUGACUGGUUCUUUGAUGAGCAAUUCGAGAAGUGGAUAGGGUUGAGUAACUCAAUGUAUUGGGUUCAUGGCAAGCCCGGUGCAGGGAAAAGUGUGUCAAUCUCUGCAGUGGUUGAGCAUCUGCAAAUGCAGAGGGAGCUAUUUGCCUUUGCAUUCAUUUCUUAUCAUGAACCUGCAUCCCAGCUCUUACCAAGCAUCCUGUCAGCAUUGGUGUACCAGCUUGCUACACAGACAAGGGGUUUCCAUAAUCUCCUCCAGACAGCAUACAACCAGCGUGGGCCAACUCUCUCUGCCUCACCAUCCACACUACUACGAUGUCUGGUGGAUAUAGUGACUAGUGCAUCGAAGCGGGUGAUCCUUGUGAUUGAUGGGCUGGAUGAGUAUCCUCACCCCAGGCGCACUCAAGAACUUUUACCACUCUUGCAAAAGCUGCAUGAGGCCAAGAUCAGUAACUUGCGUCUCUUGUUGGCAAGCCGGCCAGAGCAGGACAUUGCAGGUGUUCUGGGACUAGUGGCAACUCAUGUACUGGACCUUCAGGAGAAGACAGACAGCCGUGAAGAAGACAUCUUGAGCUUUGUCAGGGCUCAGAUUUGGAAGCAUCAUCCAAACUGGUCAGCUGGUGUUCAGAGAAAAGUGGAGGAGACAUUGACCCAAAGAGCCAAUGGAAUGUUUCUUUGGGUGUCAUUGCAGAUGUCACAUCUCUUGACAUGUGAGACAGGGGACAUCGAAUCACAGCUGGCAGACCUGCCUCUGGAUCUAAAAGGAACAUAUGAUCAGAUGAUGGAGCGUCUCCAAGCCAACAAGUCAUCCUUUCACCGCUCUCAGCGUCUACUUGAUGCUAUUGCCAUAGCUCCACACCGGCUCAGGGUGACAACAGCAGCAGCUAUUGUGAUGGUUGACUUGGACUGGGUGGAUGGGAGUGGAACACCACAGCCACUUGAUCUGUUUGAUGCCCAGGAUGUGAUCCGCCGACGUGGCUCAGCAUUCCUUCAGAUCAACCAAAAUUUGCAGGUUGAAUUUGUCCACUUCACAGCCCAGGAAUAUGUGAUGGCCCUGGAUGGUUUUGAAAAGAAUCAAGCCUUGGCCACUUAUGUCACAGCAUUCACAACUGUGGCAUUGCUAGGGCUAGCUCACCCAAAGGACAGCUCAAAUUGGUAUUACUUCUAUGCCAGUGUUCCUGAGGCAGAUGUGAAGCCUCUGGUCUCUUGACUCUUUAAUCCGCUGGAUGGGCUGCUGCCACAAUUAUUGGACGGACUUGGAUUCAUUCGGGCAGGCUCAAAAAAUCCAACUGACUAUGAAGCAAUGACUGGGCGAUCAGCUGCUGAGUUGGUUGCAGUUUUAUACAGCCCAUUGAAUUGGGCAAUGUUUUGGGGUUUUACUGAAAUGGCCAAGACACUGCUGGCUGACUUGGGUGAUGAACACAGUCAUUCUCUGCCCAUGCAGGUUGCCAUCCAUGCUGUCAGAACUGCCCUCAAACAGGAGAAUCCCCAAAAAUACUAUGUCCUUGAGAACUCAUGGGUUGAUCGUACUUUGGGUUAUAUAGAGCUUCAGCAUGAAGCAGACAAGCUCCAUCAUUAACAUAAUUACAUUUGGCAUGUAGUACUUGUCUUCAAU